ACAGUAUAACCGAUCGAUACGAAUUGCGUCAGUACUAAAAUUUAUCAGGAUAAAGACUUCUGAGCAAUAUUUGCUGAAUGUUCUUCCGAUGUUUAUCGUCCAAGAACUGUAUGUAGAACACAAAGUUAGAUGGGGAAAGCGACCUAACAUCGUCAGACGCAGCAGGAUCAGAGAGAACAAAAGUUUGGAAUAAAUAGAAGUCUUUACUAGUACGUCAUUUCCUAACAGCACACAAAAAUGUCGAGGUACUCUCCUUCGCCGGAUAUUUCCUCCCCGUCAAUACGUCACCCUAUGAGUGGCACGGCGCAAAUUAACCGACACCAAUAUGGUAUUGAAUAUACAAAGAAGUAUAGAAAGAGGACGAUGAUCUUAGCUGUUUCUCAACUGAUUCUCGGAUUAUGCUUGAUUUUGGUUGGUGUGCUAUCUAUUUAUUUCAAGUUUGCCGGAAUGGAAGCGUGGUUCGGAAUAGUGUUGGUGGUGUUUUCCUGUUUUGGAAUUGCAUCGUCUUGCCUACCCUCUAAAAUUAUGAUUAUUGUAUGUCUCACGACAUCGAUACUUGGAAUUGUUAUUUCAGUCACUGGUAUUGGAAUGGAAAUACCACUAGUAGCAUUCAGUGCCGGUUAUAUCAACAAUAUCAUACCUCUCGCUCUACAUAGCGUGUCUAUGGUGUUAUAUAUUGCACUGUUAAUGCUUUAUGUAUUGAGUUGCUCAAAAUAUUGCCAACCUAUGAAAUGCUGCAAAGGAUGCUCCUGUUGUGAUGCGACAGAAGAUGACCAGGAAUUUCUUGUCCAAUCGUGUGAGGAAACAUUGACUGUGGAUGUUCACUCCACAACGAUGGCCGAAAGAACUCAAACAGGAGUUGCUAUCAGUCAUCCGGCAUACAAUGAUAUUAGAUCGCAUGGCACUACUAACCAAAGAGAAGCAAAUGAAAACAAUUUCGACGUAUCAAAGUUAAGUGUGGAAUGUUGAAAUGUUUCGACAGAAUAUGAUGCAGAAGUUCAUUGAAUGUCUUACACCGAUUGAGAGUAUUAAUGACGUAAUUUAAAACUAACAUUGUUUGCACUAAUUUCAAAAAUAAUUUUGUACGAAUCAGAACAUCUUUGGAAAUUAUGGUAUGUGUUCUACAGACUUUCAUUUAAAUUUAAAAAACGCCAAACUGAUCUUUUGAUUUUUUCCAUCGAAGGUUGUUUCUACUUUUAUAUUAUGUUUUUUUUAUUAUAAUAGAAUGGACGCAAAUAAUCCCAUGAACAUUUCAAUAUUGUAGGCGUGUAAGCAUGGCCUUCAUUAAGCCUCGAUUUAGUUUUAGAAAUAUUCUGCAGAAUGAUAUAUCUUCGACUUAUAUAGCAUGGACAUUUGUGAUAACUGAUUGAGCAUAUAAUGAAAUAUAUUAUGUUUAUAGUAUGGUUCAUAUAAUUGUCAAUAAUGAAUAUUGAAAGGACUUAUACUCAAAACAUAGGAAUAUUGAAACAUAUUCCAACAUAGGAAUACAAAAAAUUAAUAUUGAUUUCGGAUUCCGUUGCGAAGCAUGCUUGCUUUCAUGUUUUCGUAUUGGGUUCUUGCAAGUAAGAACUUGCUCGUGUGGUUCUGAAUAUCGUAAAUUGUCUAGGAACAUUAGACACAUAUAGGUGCUGUAUUUGUGCCGCUGAAAUAAAAAAAAUUCGAUUUCAAGAUAUAACAUUAAUAUUAGAAAUAUUGAUCUAGCGUAUUACGUAUUACUUGUGCAAUUGCCUUAUUUGUCAGCGUCAAAAUAUUUGUUCUAUUCCGUACAAUAUGAAUUCAAAAUGACGACCGUAUCUUUUUUUCAAUAUCUCGCUUGGAAAACGCUUAAUUAAUAUCAAUCUCAGACAGAUAUCACGAAGAAGCUUUCAAUGAUAUAAAUAUCAAUAGCCACGCGUAUGCGUUUCUUUUUCAAUCACAUCAUUAACUGUAAAAACAUUAGUGAAUUUGAGAUUGUUACAAAAAAAGCGAUUUUCUCCAAACCCCAAAAUGUGAAGCUAAAUCGGUUCUAGUGCUGCGAAAACUUGUAAAGUAGAUUCCCUCGUUGCUGUAAAUCCUGAACUUGAUAUUAACAAUCCAGCAACGCUUCAGCACAUUUGAUUGAAAUACAAUCUAGCAAGUGUUUUAUAUAUAAAU